AUGAACGACGAAGAAGACUACACCGCACAAUAUGAGAUCCGCGAAGGGAUAAUCUUUCUCAUUGAGCUUUCCCCAGCGAUAUUUCGUCCAUUAGUAGAACUUGGUGGUCGGUCUCAAUUUUUGGAAAUACUCUCCAGCAUCAACGAUUUAAUGUCUGAGCUUUUAAUCACGGUUCCAAGCACCGGAGUUGGUAUCUACUUGUACAAUUGCAGUGUUACCGGCCGCAAGUUUCCCCGAGAUUCAGGAAUGGAACGUAUUUUUACAUUGAAUGAUAUCAACUCCACCAAUAUGAAAAACUUGAACGACAUGAUUCAGGACCAUAUUGAUAAUGUAAAGAUAUUGGAUGAGCGAUUUCCUCCAGCUGAGGGAAGUCUAAAACUCUCUUCAGUUCUAAACACUAUUUUGGACGAGUUCCAUGGAAGGUCUCAUUAUAAUGUCAAACGAAUGGUAUGGAUAAGCAAUAAUGACAAGCCGUUCAAUGAUGAUGGAUCACCAGAGGGCGAGAAAAUCAAACAAAAUUUGUGGAAAAUGAUCAACAACUACGAAGAGUACAAGAUAAAUAUUAGCCCCAUAUUCAUGGACCCUCCUAGCGACACCGAACCAAAGCCAUUUGAUAUCUCGAUCUACCAACAAAUCUUCCUCAACACAAACUACCUCAACCGCCAAAAACAAUCAAGAGAAACCGAAACUUACUACGACACAUUUUUCGAUGGUCUUUCUGAAGAAGCAAAUCAGACUACUGUAGCUUCGCAAAUACGAAGUGCCAUUUUGAGACUCAAGGAAAUCAAACGUAUAUUAUUUUCAUGCGACUUGAUUCUUGGUGAUAGUAAUACUGAUAUUGCCGGAAGACUUGCUUGCUCAAUUAAGGGCUAUGCACUAUAUGGACAUGAAAAACUAAAGAAAUUCAAGCAUUUACAUCAUGAGGGAGAGAAUUUACGAGUGGUUCAACUUGACUCCAAAACGGUGGAUGAUGCAACUGGACAGGAAAUUCAGUAUAAUGAUGAUAAGCCUACCUUAGCAGAAAAGCAAGAUGAGGCAGGGGUUAGAAGAGGUUUUGAUAUCGGCGAUAGUGAAGUCCUUUUCUUGAAUUCGAAACAACUCGAUUUCUUAAAGAAUUAUACCUUUGAUCAUGAUCCUGAAAAUCAUGAAGUAGUUACCAAAGAUAUUGGUGAUAUGGCUGGGGAGGAGGAGAAAGAGUCAGCACCCACCUACUCGUCUCCACCUUACCUAAAGUUGCUAGGAUUCAGGGCAACUGAAAACUUUGAACCAUACUACACCUCAUCUGCCCCAGCACUUGUAAUGCCAGACUUUGACAAUGGGUUAAAAGCUGCCUCAUCCAAGGGUGGGUUCAGCAACUCCUAUUUAACUCUCGCCUCGCUUUAUCGUUCUUGUGUUAAGCUAGGCCAGUUUGCUGUUGUAUUUGGUUGUAUAAAACGCAAUUCGCUGCCUUCGUUAUUUGCUCUUUAUCCAACAGGAAUUUCAAUGUCAAAAAGAAGUAUUCCACACGAUAAAGAUUUCCCAGAGGGCUUUCUACUUGCUCGUAUGCCAUGGCUCGAUGACAUACGGCUGUUGCCUGACUACUUAUUGAACGAUUCCACAUUUCAUCACGAAAAAGAAGAACUGUCCAUCCCGCCAGAACUUGUAACAAAGUUCAAAAAUGUCGUUGGGCUGUUUUAUUUGAACCACUAUAAUCCAGGAGAGUUUGCCAAUCCCUCAGUCAAUUACUUCUACAAAGUCAUUAAACACGAGCUUCUUCAAAUUGCUUUAAGCGACGAAUCUCGCUCUCCGCUCAACAACGAUCAAACCUUACUGAGACUAGAUGAUUUACGGGAAGCUAUUCAGCUGACACCCAAACUUUUGAAUGUUAUUAGUGAACUAAGACAACAUUUACUCAACUUAGGACCUGUAUCAAGGAAAAGAACUAGUCAAGAACCCCAUAAUGCUGCAAACAAAGCACAGAGACCUGCUCUUACAGAAGAGUCUGUGCUCACUGCGUGGAAAACUAACGAUUGGACCAAUUUCAAUGUUCCUCAGCUUCGCGAAUUCGCAAAGAAAUAUCCGGGUCAAAUAAAGUCCGGUACCAAGCGUCAAGACAUCAUCGAUAAUAUUUCCGAGUUUAUAGCUAGUAAAAGUAAGUGA